AUGUGGGAAGCUUCGGUAGUUUUGGUUUUAUUGAUGGCUUCAUGGGCUAUCACCGGAGUGGAUUGCGAAUCAAAGUGCGUCAGCGCACGGCUCAUCAAACGGUAUCAGUUAAAUGAAGAAACCUACGGCCCGAGAAGCUGCAGUGCUGAAAAUUCUGAUCAAUUACGUGAAAAGCGCCGUGUUGACCCCACAUUCUAUGGCAACCCAAAGCCACGAGCGGAGCUCUUGGCAAACAAGUUUCACGUUAAUUCGUACAACUUCGAUCAGACGAAUUCUUUGGUGGGCCUUGUGAAUAAAAUCGCCAAGGAGUACCUAAGCAAAUGCCCACCGGUUAUUUAUUAUGACAGUUUUGUAGAAAAAUCAGACGGUCUGAUUCUUGAGAAUUUGUUCAAGACUAUCCCUAUUACUUUUUACCAUGGCGAAAUAAACGCUGACUAUGAAGCAAAAAAUUCCCGGUUUACAAGCCAUAUUGAUAGCAACUGCAAAAGCUACAUUCUCUUUCUUUCGGACCCAUUAAUGACGCGGAGGAUCCUAGGUCCGCAAACGGAUAGUCGCGUAGUGCUUGUUUCGAGGUCCACACAAUGGAAACUACGGGAUUUUCUGUCAUCAGAGUUGUCCUCGAACAUUGUUAAUUUGUUGGUAAUUGGCGAGUCUCUUAUGGCCGAUCCAAUGCGCGAGCGUCCCUACGUACUGUACACCCACAAACUGUACGCUGAUGGCCUCGGCUCCAAUACGCCCAUAGUUCUUACCAGCUGGAUAAAGGGCGCCCUGUCCCGGCCGCACGUCAAUCUCUUCCCACCGAAGUUUCAGUAUGGUUUCGCAGGGCACCGGUUUCAGAUUUCGGCCGCCAACCAGCCGCCCUUCAUUUUCCGCAUUCGCACUCUGGACUCCUCCGGGAUGAGCCAGUUACGCUGGGAUGGCAUCGAGUUCCGGCUGCUGAGCAUGAUUUCGAAGCGCCUGAACUUUUCGGUGGAUAUCAACGAAACCCCAGCGCAGACCCUUAAGCGUGGAGUAGUCGACAACAUACAGGAGCUGAUUGUGAAGAAGGCCGUAGACAUAGGAAUGUCCGGUAUUUACAUAACUGAGGAGAGGCUGCGGGACUCCGACAUGUCGGUGGGACACUCGCGCGACUGUGCAGCCUUCAUAACACUCGCCUCGAAGGCACUGCCAAAAUACAGAGCCAUCAUGGGUCCCUUCCAGUGGCCCGUCUGGGUGGCUCUGAUUUGCGUGUACCUGGGAGGGAUAUUUCCGAUUGUCUUCACCGACCGAUUAACUCUUAGCCACUUGAUGGGCAACUGGGGAGAGGUGGAGAACAUGUUUUGGUACGUCUUCGGGAUGUUCACAAACGCCUUCACCUUUACCGGAAAAUACUCGUGGAGCAACACGCAAAAGAUUUCCACCCGUCUCCUGAUUGGCGCGUAUUGGCUCUUCACAAUCAUUAUUACCUCCUGCUACACUGGCUCCAUCAUUGCGUUUGUAACGCUGCCAGCGUUUCCCGACACCGUCGACUCCGUGCUGGACUUGCUGGGCUUGUUUUUCCGGGUGGGAACACUGGACAAUGGGGGCUGGGAGACGUGGUUCCAGAACUCCACCCACACUCCGACGUCCAGGCUAUACAAGAAGAUGGAGUUCGUCGGGACCCUAGAGGAGGGCAUUGGCAACGUAACGCAAAGCUUCUUUUGGAACUACGCCUUUCUGGGAUCAAAGGCUCAGCUUGAGUACCUGGUUCAGUCAAAUUUCUCAGACGAAAAUAUAUCGCGCCGAUCGGCGCUCCAUCUGAGUGAGGAGUGUUUCGCCCUCUUUCAAAUAGGAUUUCUAUUCCCGCGAGAGUCCGUGUACAAGCGCAAGAUCGACUCGAUGAUUUUGCUGGCCCAACAGAGCGGUCUUAUAGCCAAAAUCAACAACGAGGUCAGCUGGGUUAUGCAGCGCUCGGCUUCAGGUCGUCUGCUGCAGGCCAGUUCAUCGAACUCUCUCAGGGAAAUAAUCCAGGAGGAGCGCCAGUUGACCACAGCGGAUACGGAGGGCAUGUUUUUGCUUAUGGCGCUUGGCUACUUUCUGGGCGCCACAGCCCUCGUGUCCGAGAUCGUUGGGGGAAUAACGAACAAGUGCCGUCAAAUCAUCAAGCGCUCCCGCGCCUCCAGCUCUUGGUCCUCCCGCCACAGCUCUGCGGAAAGUGGGGCGAUGCCGCGGACGGAGGCCGAGCAACUGGCCCAUGAUGACCGGAAGACCAGCCGGCGCGAAGCCGGCGAGGGCGGCCAGAAGAUGAGCUUUGGAAUGCGCGAGUUCAAUCUCACUCGCACCACGUUGCGCGAGUUGUACGGAAGCUACAGCCGACCUGAUCAGAGCUCCGGCCAGCAGGCAGCCCCCCAUGAGCACUCGCACUCUGGCGCCGAUAGGUGUCAUUACUUGGAAGACGAAGAAUCCCAGGAAGCAAUCGCGUCCCUAGAGCGCUUAGACGAUUUCAUGGCUCAGAUGGUUGGUGCCGAAAAAGAUAUUUCAGAUGUUUCUUUCAGUCCUGACGAAUUGUUUGGACCCAACCCAGAAGACGGAGAAACAUCUGAAAAUAAGCAGUUGUAA